AUGCAGUUCCCUACUUUCGCCAUUCUUGCUCUCGCAGCUACGCUUGUCCAAGCAGCUCCCCAAGUUAGCUAUGCUGGCACUCUUGAUGCCAUGAAAUGUAUGAGUAUGGACAAACAAUUCGACUCGCAUAUGAGGUCUACUGAGGCCGAGCUUCCCGCUGGAAUAGAUAAGUGUCACGCGUUCAGUGAAUACGCCAAGGCCUGUGAAGUGGGGGAUGUGGCAUGUUAUACGACUGCAUGGACUGCAUUCAACGGCGGAUAUCAAUCAUAA